UAGCAAGUGGCAGCACGCGAGAUUAGCAAGUUGCCACGUCGCCUGACGCCUGGAGAUAGUUGCUUGUUCUGCGCAGCCAGCCGGCAGCAAUCAGUGCACACCUCCAGCCCGCAGCAACACCCCUGAGCACAGCACUGCUGCAGCGCUGCAGCGCAGCCGCAAAAAAUGACUGAGUCAAAACCACUCAUCGUGGCCGGCGCGGACGGCUUCGGAGAGGAUCUGAAAAACGUAUUGGUGGAGCACUGCCGCGCGCAGGGCUACGAGGUCGACGAUCUGGGCACGGGCGCGUACUACGACAAAGCGGGCGAGGUGGCGCGGCGCGUGCAAACUGACGGCGCGAAGGGGCUGCUCUUCUGCGGCACGGGCAUGGGUGUUGGGAUUGUGGCCAACAGGUUCAGCGGCAUACAAGCCGCGACGUGCGAGAACGUGGCCGCGGCGCGUUGCGCGCGCGCAAUUAAUGAUUCCAACGUGCUGUGCCUCGGCGGUAAGGUGACAACGCCCGACGACGCCCGCGCCAUCUGCGACGCCUGGCUCGCGCAGGAGCACGGCAAGCCGCCGAGCGACCCGGCGCCGGAGUGGUGGUCCGGCGACGUGCGGACUCCGCGUCAUUGCUGAGGGGGCCUUCGCCGGCGCGAUGGCGUCUCGCGGUCGUCGACGCGCACGCCGUCGAGCAGGCACGUAGGGGAGUCUCGAUGCACACAGGUGGAGACCUUCCUGGCGAACAAGUGGCCCGCUAUCCACAAGGUCGAGGACGAGUCGCGGAAGCACUGAUCGCACCGACGUCGCGGCAAUGGCGCGGCGAUUAGCCACAUGUAUGGUAUGUCAUAAGAACCACUAAGA